GAUCUCGGCGGCGACGGAUCCAUUCCAAAUCGUGUUUCAGAUCGGCGACUUGGAGUUAGAAAACUUCAGAUUGAAAUUGCUAUAUCCGCCGCGGAUUCUCUCUGCGAAAAUUGCUCUUUUGAAUGUUUGAUUUGGGCGCUGUGAAGAUAGGGCGGUGGAGUGAGAUUAUCUGAUGGCGUCAAUCCGGCGAACUCUCUCGCCGAUGUAUCACGAUCGUUCUCACGAGAAUGGAGGUUCACACAAAGGUUUCACCAUUGGUGGUAGUAGCAGUAAACACAAUUCUUCGCAAUUUCUUUCGUAUCUCACCAAACUCCUCGGAGUAACAUCUGAUCCUAAAAGCUCGCGUAGAGGUCCAUGGCGGCGACCGUUUUACCAGUUUCUCGUCUUCUUUCUUCUUGGAUUUGUAUUAGGUUUGACACCUUUCGGAAAAAUGGAAGAUGUAAACGGUUCCGAUCGAUUCUCCUUCGAGAUCAAACAGCCAUACGUUGAAGAACGGUUGGAUAACAACAAGAAACGGGAAGAGGUAGCUGUAGAUGCGGUGAGUUUCGUGGCGGAGACUGAAAAUGGGAAGAAGGAGGUCAAUUUUGUGCCGAAGAAGCUUAUAAUUGUGGUCACACCAACGUAUAAUCGAGCGAUGCAGGCGUAUUACUUGAACAGGAUUGCUCAAACGCUGAGACUUGUUGAGUCGCCUGUGCUGUGGAUAGUGGUGGAGGGUAACGUGGCGUCGUUUGAAACCUCAGAGAUUCUGAGGAAGACGGGAGUGAUGUACAGGCACUUGGUUUGCAAGAGGAACAUGACGAGUAUUAAGGAUAGAGGAGUUCAUCAGAGAAACACUGCAUUGGAACAUAUUGAGUUGCAUAAGCUUGAUGGAAUUGUCUACUUUGCUGAUGAUGACAAUAUCUACUCACUUGAGCUCUUUCAAAGCUUAAGACAAAUCAGCCGAUUUGGAACCUGGCCUGUUGCAAUGCUUGCACCAAGCAAAAACAAGGCCAUCCUUGAAGGUCCAGUAUGCAAUGGAAGUCAAGUAAUGGGAUGGCACACUAAUGAAAAGAGUAAAAGACUACGGAGGUUCCAUGUUGAUAUGUCGGGAUUUGCUUUUAACAGCACUAUACUCUGGGACCCUAAAAGGUGGCGACGUCCCUUUUCACAUCCAACCCGCCAACUAGACACAGUGAAGGAGGGCUUCCAGGAGACAUCAUUUAUAGAGCAGGUGGUGGCUGAUGAAAGCGAGAUGGAAGGUGUUCCACCAGCUUGCUCGAGGAUACUGAACUGGCAUCUUCACUUGGAUGCCCUGGAUGUCCCUUAUCCACAAGGGUGGGCGAUCCAAAAGAAUCUCCAAGCUCUCAUAACUAUGAAAUAGUUUGAAGAUAGUUUUGACUGGUUUCUCUACUUAACCCAUGUGCUGUGCUCAUUACUGAUUGUAUAUCAAAGAAGCAUAUGAAGAAUGGAAGAAGACGAGCAAGGAAAGUUUAGGAUAGUGAUGAGGCACACAUUUUGGAUAAACGUUGCUGGAAUCGUGAGCCUCCCCUGAAUCCAAGAGUUGGUUGGAAUUAAAUUGAAGGCCUUGGU